AUGUUUGCUUCGUUUUUAGGGAGAAAUCGAUCAUCGUCAUCAUCGGACGAGGGUGUUCGAGGAGGUGGAAACAACGCUUCUGAACACUACUACAUCACGGAUGAAAAUAUUUUGCAAGAUUUUAGGAAAAUAUAUGGCGAUGGUGAAAUGAUUGAAACUGGAGCAAGAGAUUACUUUCAAAAGUAUUGGCAUGAUACAAAGUGGAGUGAUGAAGAAAGAACAAGGCACAUGAUCGGGUUUUUUAGAGACGUUGUUUUUGAAAUUCCAAAGCAUCAAGAACAGGAAUUACAGCUUCCAACACGACAAAACAUGGGGAGAACUCAACUUGAACAAUUAUUGAGUGGUGGAACUGCACCGGAUCUUCAAACAUUGAUGCAAUUUCUGAGAGGAUUUACUCCAGAAACCACAUCUGACGCAAAGGUUCCUACUGAUGAGGCAGUCAUGAAGGGUAUUGAAUGGUUCGAAGUUUUCUUGUACUUUGGUAAUCCUAAAAAACAGAACUUUUAUCGAAAAAUGGUUACCACCAACAGAGGUGUUUGUGGUAAAACUUGGACUGUUGGUGAUUUGGCCUUCAAGUGCCGCACUUGCCAAAAAGAUCCAACAUGCGCAAUUUGUGAAGAAUGUUUCAAAAAGGGUAACCAUGAAGGCCAUGACUACACGAUGACCAGAACGUCAAACGGUAUGUGUGACUGUGGAGAUGCAGAAGCGUGGUCUGAAGCAGGUUUUUGUUGUGACCACACCGGCAGAAGCGACCCAUUAGCACACCUGGAUCAUAAUUACAAACAAUUACUAGAGGUAUUAAUGAUGUCAAUAUUCGGAAAUGAUGGAGUUAUCAUGAUGUACAUACGAAAGAUAGUAGAAAAGUUUAACAGUAUUGAAGAUGAAAAAGAGAGACAAAAAUCUCUUCAGCUUCAAACUCUUUAUCAAAACUUUGUUUACAUGCUUGAAUCUAUUGCAGAAAAGAUUAACUCAUCUCCUUGUUUGAAAAACUUGGCUUACCACGAGUUAAGAAAAUUAGGAAACAAAGAAAACAUCACCAUUGUGGACGAGCAAUUGCAAUCCAUGCCAAAAAUGUCACAAUCUGCUAAGACCAAAUUUUAUGAGCUUUAUUCAGCACUAAUUACUGAUGCAGAAUUUAAACUGUUCUUUUCCGAGUGUUUCCUCAGAAACUAUUCUCUAAUUAUUUCAGAUUAUAUUGCCUUUACAAAAAAGAAGAAAGAGGCUAAUUCAUAUUUUGCAGAGGAUGAAGACGAAGAUGUCUCAAAAGAUGUUCACGUUUCUAGCAUUUCAGUUCAACUAUUUACCACUCCUACCAUUGCUACCCACUUAGUAGACAAGUGUAACCUUGUAUCCAUAUUGUUAGACAGUUUAAUUGAAGCUAUUGAAGAAGAGGCUCAAAUGGAUGAUUCUAGAAACAACAAGCUCGUGUACAAACCAGUGACCACUACACACAAAAUUGAUGCAGUAUAUCAUGUUAUAUUUGAUAUAUCAUAUUGUGUGAUACACAAACGAUUUUGUGAAGAGCUAUUACUUAACGAGGAAUGCUUGCAUAAGUUUCUAACAUUUUUAUCCUACAUCCAAGCAGCAUCCGAUAUUAAACGGUUGGAUACCGAUGAAAGCCAAUGGUUUACCAUAUUUAACUUGGAGAUGAUUACAUUACCCAAGAUUGCAAGAAAAGUCACGAACGUUAUCGAAACAUUUUCCGAAAACACCAAUUACAUAGGACUGCUAAAACAGAUAGUUCGUUCUCUUGCCAAGUUUAUUAAGGAUGAUAAUGUGGAAAUUGAUAAUGAUGGAACAGUGAAGAAUGAGAAGCCAUUCAAUAUUCCAAUUACAUAUCACCUGCCGAUUCAAAGAUUUGCUACCACUGUAUUUAUUCAACUUAUGACUAGAUAUCCUACUCUUGAAAUUCGAGAUACCAUUUCAAAUAUUCUCAAAGAAACAACUCCCAGUGAUGUAGACAUUACUAAUAAGUUCUUGUUGCAAGUGGUUGAACACCCUUUAAAAGAGUUUGUAACUGGUGCCCAAAUUAAUGCGAGAUUAUGGCAAAGAAAUCAUGAACACAUUCUUGAUCAACACUUUAACUUUGCUAGCGAAAAAUUUGCAGAUUACGCUUAUUGCAAUGACUUUUUUUUGGUUCAACUGAUAUUUGGUCUGAUUGACAAUAAUGAACUUAUCUACAAGACUUUACUGAAGAAAUUCAACAACACUCUGGGCCAUAUUAAAUUAUAUACCAUGAGUAAGCCAACAGAAGAUGAAGAUAGACGUGCAGUAUUAGAGGAAGAAUUCGUAAGGUUAUUAUUGACUAUAUACUCCAACAGAGUGAAUAUGGAGUCAAUGACCAAUUGGGACAUUUGCCGUCAAUACGUUUUGCACUAUCUCUUCUCGGAACAAAAAUGUAAAUUUUCUGACAUUGUAAACUCUAUUCCCAAGUCAUUUAGAUCAGAUGUAGAUGUUAAAGCGUUUGUGAAUGAAGUUGCCAAUUUUCACAAGCCAAAGGGAUCACAUGAACAAGGAUACUUUACUGUUAAAUCAAACCAAUGGGAUGAGUUUAAUCCUUAUUUCAUUAGUAUGAGCUCACAAAAAUAUUAUCAAGCAAUCGAGAAUUACAAAGCACAACAUGGAGGCAAGUCAUCUCCACCCUUGUUCCUGGAAAAACCUACUCACGCUGCCAAUACUCAAAUUGAGCAUGGGUUGAUGAACUUGAUUGUUUCGUCAUAUCUCUACAAGAUCAUUUUUUUGGUGAUGUAUAGAUCUGUGAAAACUAGUGCCUCCGAGCAACUACCACCCUACAUUUUACAUGCAUUGUUGGCUUCUUUAAAUUCCUUAGACACUAGGAAUUACAAGCUCACACGUCCUCCUCAAAAAACUUUAUUUUCUCCCAUCUCAAAUGCGCUCGACAUUCCAUUCAAAGAAAACGAGUCUCCAAUCAAUUAUGUUUUGCAGUCUAUUGAAAUGGAGGACGGCUCAAGAUAUUCAAUCAUUGAAUUGUUAUUCAAGGUAUCAGGUCAACCUGAGCUUGUUGAGAAAAUAUUGAAUAGGUUGAGCGAAUUGAAUGAAACAUGUGAUCAAAUAAUAUUGGAGGCUAAAUCAGUGACCGAGAGUUCUAGACACAAAGAAGAAAAGGAUCGUAAGAAACAAAAAGCGUUGGAAAGUCGGCAAAAACUAUUAGAGAAAAUGAAGGCUAGCCAGCAAAAAUUCGCACUAAGCCUCGACGAAGACGAGGAAGUGGUCGAAAGCGUCGACAAACUCAAAUGUGCAUUCUGUCACGACCACCAGUCUCCUGAAGGAAAUACCUCCCUUUCUCUGAUGUGUCAAAUUGUGAAAAAUCCAUUUCCUCACAUUGUCUAUUCCAACGACAACCAAAAAGUGUUUCCAAAUAUCGAAAACAAAAUUGUAGUUGACAUUGGAGACCUUACUGAAAUGUUUUCUGAUGUCAACAAGGAACACAAUGUGCAAAUCAAUUACUGUUCUCAUGCUUGCCAUGCAGAUUGCUAUGAUCGAUAUUAUUCGAACUUACUUCAAGAAGAAUCAAGAAGGAGAAGAUAUAAGGGAUUUGGUCAAAUUAACUUGGAAUCAAUGGAGAUUCUCUGUCCCGUUUGUAAUAGAGUUAUCAAUUGCUUGUGUCCACUAGCUUCAAGCACUCAUACUCAUGUGGACAAUACCAACUCCACCUACUCGUAUUCUUUGCCUGAUUUGGAUGACAUCAAAUCCAUAUUUACGAACCUGAGCAUUAAGAAUGCUGUUGAGGAUGUUAAAACCAACACAACAUUUUCCACUUUCUCAGAAAAGAUUAUUCGUAAAAAGAAAGAAGACCUCGGCGAUACUUUAGAUCCAAUGGAAAUAUCUAUUGAAAAUUUUGAAAGAACAGACUCGUCAUACUUUUGUAAUGCUCUCAUCUCCGAACUGGUUGUGGAGGAAAUUUUACAAAGAAGCUCAAGUUUGUCAGUGGUUUCACCUCUUUCUGAAUCAAGCAGAAAAUCUAUUUCUCAUCUUUUUGAUCUCCUCAUAUCAUAUCAACAAUUGAGUGAAGAUAACAAGAAAACCAGCUCGCUUCAACUGAAAGCACUUUAUGCAUCAUUGAUGGGAUUAACUGAAUUUGAAAAUCUCAAACUCUAUAACGAACAAAAGAGAAGUGGAAAGAUGUAUUUGCCUUUGCUGAGCAGUGAUAUGUUUUCUUUACUGGUUCGAUUAACCACCUUACUUUUUUCAUCACAAGUCGCCCUCAAGAAAUCCCAAUAUCACGAAAUACUUGGACUUUUAUAUCAGGCUCUCGUUAUUCAAAUAAUAAUCCAAUUCAAUAUUAGAUUAGGAGUUAGUGUAAGCACUGGAGUAGAGAGUUUAGAUGAAGAUAUAACUUCAAUAGCAAAUAUUCCAAUUGUGUCUAGUUUCCAACGUAAGGUUGUGGAUUUAACAGAACAAGAGAUGGAAGCAUUUUCUUUAGCUUUUUUAAGAAGAGCAGCAUUAUAUCAUUCUUUCUUAUUCCCUGAUGAAGUGUUACCCAUUGGAAAUGAUUACUCUCAAUUGCGUUCUUAUUUGAAAUUGCCUUCAAUUAGUGAACUCUUGAUGGCCAUCAAAAAUUCUCCAGCCCAUAAUGAUCUAAUUGCAAAAUGGAUAGAACAAGUCACACUUUCGAUGCAAUCUAUUUCAGCAAUUGUAUUGGAGACGGAAAACUUCGAAGAAGACGAGGAAAGUUUGUAUGUACUUCAAGCAGAUUCUUUACUGCCAUUCUUUGGAAAGUGUCACCCAUUUUCUUUCAUUGAGCUACCUCGCUUGUAUGAAGAUAUUUUCCUUCAAUACCACAACGAAGCAUGUCCUGAAUGUGGUAAAAAGUUGGAAAAUCCAACUCUUUGUCUCAUCACAGGAAAAAUUGCAUGGCUCAAAAACUGUUCAUGUUCCAAAGAUGAGCCACUUGGAAAAUGUACACGACACGCUCGAGAACACUUUUCAGGAUUUGGACUAUUCUUAAUGGUACCUUCUUCUAGAUUACUGUUGUUGCACGAGGGUAGAUCUUCCAUUUUACCAAGCCCAUAUCUCGACUCGAUGGGAGAAGAAGAUAAGAAUUUGCGCAGAGGUGUUCCUUUGUUCUUCCAUAAAGAACGUCUUGAGGAGUUCAUUCCAAAACUUGCCAGAAUGAAUUGGGAUCAUGACACAAUAAUAUUGGAAAAGAGCACGGUUCUAAACUCACAUACCGUGUAG